AUGACGAAGCCGGAAGGGGAGCCGGCGAAGGCUGGCGCGAAGAGGGGGCGGCCUGCGAGCCCGGAGGAAGCAAGUGCCGCCAAGCGGGCCGCCGACUGCGCGUCGCUCGCGUACCAAACCGACCCCGCGACGAUCCUGCCGUCGACAAUCAGGACGUCCGGCGGCGCACAGGGCGCGGUGACCUUCAUGGCACCAUCAUCGUCCGCGCCCUCCGCGGCCCGCGCCCGCGCCGCGUUCGCGAAGCUCCUCGAGGAGAACGUCGCGCCGUACUACGACGACUGGGCCAAGGAGCGGCGCACCAAGGCCCGGCAGAUGAAGAGCAAGCGCAUGCGCGCCAUCGUCGUGCGCGGGUUCAGCGGCGACGCCGACGACGACGCGGUCGACGGGUUCGUCGCGUACCGCUUCGAGGAGGACGAGGGGCGGCCCGUCGUCUACAUAUACGAGAUACAGGUCUCACAACGAUGCAGGAGCCGGGGCCUGGGCGGCGCGCUUCUGGACGCCGCGGAGAAGCUCGGCGCGGCCGUGGGCAUGACGCACGUGGUCCUGACGGUGCACCGCGCCAACAAGGGGGCGCUGCGGCUGUACGAGCGGCGCGGGAUGGCGGAGGACUGGACGAGCCCGGGGAAGUGCGACCCGGGGGAGGACUACGCGUACAUGAUCAUGUCGAAGGAGAUCCAGCGGCCACCGGACGGGGAGCGACAGGAGGACGGGCAUGGAGGCGACGGCGCCAGCGACGGGGGCGGGGGGGACGCUGCCGCGCCUGCUGAGCGUGCCGAGUGA